AUGGCGGUCCAGCUUUUAAAUAACACCUUUACUUUCAAUCUUCAAAUUGCCAAAUUUGAUGUUCCUCCUGAAGCCAUAUAUCCGGUCUUUUUCACUGGAGCUCUCAUCUACUUGUUUGCUGUGUUGUGCAAUGUAACAAUUCUAGCACUGAUAGUGACCCAGCGAAGCCUUCAUAAGCCAAUGUUUUAUAUUCUAUUUAGCCUUCCCUUGACAGACUUAUUAGGAAUCACAUGUGCUCUUCCCAGAGUGCUCGUGGAUAUUAUAACACAAACAAACUUUGUUUAUUAUCCAACAUGUGUCAUGCAGGGAUUUUUACUGCAUUUGUACGGGGGAAGUGUGCUUUUUAUCCUGGCAGCUAUGUCAUUUGACCGCUACAUUGCUAUAUGCAAACCACUCAGAUAUAAUUCUAUAAUGACACCUUUUACACUUUGUUGCAUUAUGUCGUUGGUUUGGGGUCUUGAUAUUGCCUUGGUGCUUGUGCUGUUUGCCCUUCAGGCCAGAAUGCCAAAGUGCAAGACAUUUAUUGUUAAUGUGUACUGUAAUAAUUCUGCCUUAGUCCUACUCUCAUGCGGGGGGGAUACUACUGUAAACAAUAUUUAUGGGUUGGCUAUGACAGGAUUUAUGCAGGCUAUAAGUGUGGCUAUUCAGUUAUUCUCCUACAUACAAAUCCUCAUCACCUGCAUUUCCCAUGCACAAUCAGAGGCUAGAAUUAAGGCUGUAAAUACCUGUUUAGCACAGAUAAUUACAUUUUGUCUCUUUGAAAUAGUCAGUACCUUUACUAUACUCUCAUAUCGGUUUCAGAAUAUACCUCCCAAUGCCCAAAAACUUUGUGGCAUGAUGAUUUUUACCAUCCUUCCAGUUGUUAAUCCAAUUAUAUAUGGAAUGAAAACAAAAGAAAUUAGAAAUGCAUUCUUUGUGAUGUUGAAAAAACAAAAGGUUGCAUUCAUCUAA